AUGGCGGAGCGCUCUGACGGCAGCGUUGUCCGAUCCGCGCGGGUGAUCCAAAGUCGACCCUGGCCGCCAUCCUGGCCGCGCUCCACCUCCUUCAAAGGGUCAGAUUUCUAUCUUGCGCCUGAAAUGCUGCGACAGGAAGAGUACGGCCCGGAAAUCGACCUUUGGUCUUUGGGCGUGACGACCUUCUCGCUGAUCAGCGGCUCUCUGCCCUUCGUCGGAGAAGGAGGCGCGGAGGACUUACGAGGAACCUACAGCAAAAUCGUCAACCGAGACAUCAACUUCGACGGCCAGGCUUGGGAAGAGGCUCCGGCCACGGCAGCGGACUUCAUCCUCCAGCUGCUCAGCUUGGAUCCCGCCCAGCGCCCCAGCGCUGCGCAGGCGCUGUCCCACGGCUUUGUGAAGUCGGCGCUGGAGUCGUUCGUCGACAGUGACGAGGACGAGGAGGAGGAAGAGGAGGAAGACGAGUCGGAUCUCCAGCUGGACGAAUUAGAGUCAGAAGGGGGAUUGCAACCUGGCUGCCUGCCAGCGAUUCCGCUCAGCAACGAUGGCCUGGCAGCGAUGUCGCAGCGCCGCGCCGUCUAUGCUGCCAAAUUCCUCAGGCCGCCGAGCUGGACGAAGCGGCUGCUGCUCCGGGAAAAGCCCCGGGUGCUGACAGGGCCUUUCGAAAAUCCUGUGCGCCGCUGGGUCCGGCUGCGUGAGAAGGCGCGGCAGUUUGCGGAGCUCCCGCCGCCACGGCGAAUCCCCGUGCCAAAGCCCGCACGGCCGAAGCUGCUCCAGGCUGUGGAGGGAGUGCCGCGGGUGAACCCAGAGGCGCUCCAACGUCGCCUGGAUUUCCUCCUCUCUGAUGCUGCUGUCAAGCAGCAGCUGGCUGCACCCCUUCGGCCUGGUUUGAGUCCAUACUUCGUGGAGUUCCAGUGCUGGAGCAGGCAGCUGCGUGAGAUUCGGCGCGUCUACCGCGCGCAGUAUCUCCAGAAGCUGGCUGAGGUCACGGAAGUGGAGAGGGCGCGGGAGGCGGAACUGUACCAGAAAGAGCGGCAGCAGCGACAGGAGAGGAAGCAGGCGAACAUGCAGCGCAUCGGCGAGGAUAUGAAGCGCCGGGCAAUCCUGCGAGACCGGAAACGCAUUGAGUCCAAGGUCAACGAGGUGGAUUCCAGUCAGACGCUACACUUUUCCAUCUUCUACACGCCCGAGGGCAACAAUACCUACAAGAAGACCCGGCAGCAGACGAUCAUGCGACGAAUCUUGGAGGAGCAUCUUUUUCAGACGCACUCCGGUGACCAGCACACGGUGGUGAAGUCCAAGGUCUCGUCGCUGGACGAUGCGGACUGGCUCUUCCGCUUCUCCUCAGACACGAAGCCCGCGGCUUACAAGGCGCAAGCCGGCUUCGACUACACCGAGGGCAUCCUGCGGCUGCAGGCCUCAAGCCUCUUCGAGUACCCAAAGCUGGUGGUCUGGAAACACGUGGACAAGGUGGUUUACACCCUGAUCUGCGAGCCCUUGGAUAAUCCAUUGCUGGCAUCCAGCUUCCUAACGCUCUUCGUGCACGAGUUGAGCGACCACUUCCGCAAGGCUGGGAGCCUGGUGGAUGAAGUCUCUGCUCGUCCCGACGAGGUCUUGGCCAUCUUAAACUUCAUGCUUCCCGGCGGCCAACUGCUCUUCGUCAACUCCAACCUUCAUCGCUUCAACAAGUCGCAGAUCUCGCAGGUGCUGAGCCAAAAGGCCAUCGAGAUGGCCCGGCGCUCCAAGCUGAAGCGCCAGCGUCUCUUCUGGUUUCGCCGCAUGGAGACCUUGUCGAGGCUGGUGGUGUCCUCGGAGAACUUGGAAGAGGCUUUCGCGGCUUUCCCAGACUCACAGGCUUCCUCGUCCUCGGGCACUACCACGAGCAGCCCCUCGGGGGUGCUCCUGAGCCGGAACGUCUCCAUUCCCUACUUGCUGCGCCAGUUCGGCGGCUCGAAGGCUGACCCGCAGCAGAAGAACCGUCGAAUUCCAGGCAUCGACAACGUCAAGCGCGAGAUCCUGCAGAUGUCCUAUGACAUCCUCGGCGAGGACGAGGAGCGCUACGAGGCCGAGGUCCCGCAAGAGGCCGAUUGGAGAAGCCGUGCCCAGCAGCUCUAUGGCGAUGGCAUCUUCAAUCACGAGCAGAAGAUGGCUCUCCUCGACCAGAAGAUUGCCAUGCUGAAGGGGGCGCAGAAGUUCGAGGAGCAGAAGGGCCGAGCGGACCUGAUCACCACGAAGCUCAUUGACGAGCUGGAAGCGGUGAGGGAAGCGGAGCUCGAAAAAUCACAGCAGGAAGAACUGAAGGCCGCCGCCAAGGAGGCUCUGACCUGA